GUCAGUUCGCCACUUCAGUCAGAUUCGGGUCGGAACGGAGUAAAGUGCGUUUUUUUGCGAUUUUGAAGGAGAAAAAAAAGUCCAGCAAAAAAAAGGUGAUUCCUUGCGAUGAGAAUUUUUCCACCUUCAGCGCAGAAAGCCGUGACGACCGUCGCCGUCGGAACGUGGACCGGAUUGUAGUGGUGUCGCGCGCGGGGAACGGGGUUUUCCGGGAGGGGAUUAAGGAUUUUUGGCCGGAACAGUUCGCACAGGGCCUCCUUUGUUUUGUGUCCUCUCGGAAUUGCGCGAGGGACGAAGAACAUGGUGGUGAGCUGGCCCUGCCUGGAUUACUGAACCUUCUGGGAGGCACACGGAGCGGCUGGUCCAAGCGGAUAUGACCACCGGAAGCAGCUGAGAACGGAUUACCCUGGUGGCAAGAGGAAUAAAAGGAAGAUUGUCGGAGCAGGAAGAUUGCCGUAGAAUAGAGGAAAAAGUCAAAGCCUCGAGAGUGUGGGGUGGAAAAACCCAGACCACAGGAGUUGACCCGAUAUAGCGAUAGAGGGAGAGUCUUGUUUAUCAAUCGUUUCCUUCCACGGGAAGAGGAAGGUUAGAUAAUCUGCCGUGGGAUCGGUUCCGUGCUGACCACCGACAAGAGAUCUAUUUACGAAGCCUUCGUCGUGUCGUUUUCUUUCCCCACUCUUUUGGCACAGUGAAACUGAUCGUCAGCAGAAAGAAGGAAAAAAAUAGAAUAAAAAAUAGCGAAAAAAUCGUCCCACUUUGCGUGUGUGUAUGUGUGCUCGGUGCUGCGUGUAAGUGUGCGCGGCCAGAAUAAUAAUAACAACAGUCAGUCAGUCGUCAGCAGCAGGUCCCCUCCCCGCAAGAAAGGGAACGACGAGCAGAGCGAAGCGAGAAGCAAUAUUCCGUCCGUCGCCGACUUGAGCCUCCUCGCCAAACCCCCCCUCUCCGGCCAGGGCGGCGGGUGGUCCACAAAUCUUUGUGUUUGAGUGUGUGUGUGAGUGAGCACAGAACACACACAGUCUGUGGUCCGUCAAAAUCCGAGGGACCAUCCCUCCCGCGGGAACCGACAUCGGUGAAGAAACGAAAUCCGGAAGAAGGAAGCAAGCAAUCGCCUGGAGCAGGUCCUCGCCCUGCGGGCCAAGAGUGCGGAGUCCCCACGAAAUCUACUAUGUAGGGAGAGUGUCUGUGUGUGAUUUCGCGGAUUAAAACGGUGGUCGUUGCUUUUUUUUGCUUUUUUAUUUCUCUGUUUGUUGUUUGCGUUAAUUUGAGUUGAUUUCUGCUUCUCGUCGUCGUCAGUGAGAGAGAAUCUUAUCCGCGAGCAAGAGAUCUGAAAAGGGGGGAGGGUGCGAGCGGCGGGGGGCUCUUUGUAGUCUGGCUCCCGGAAGUGGGAAUCAGAACCCAGAACCGUCAAGGAUUAUCCCCAGGAGUGUCGGAACGACGACCUAAGAAGGAGACCGGAAGAGCCUUCCCCUUUGUAUGAAAAGAGAUGGGAAUAAAGGCCAGCACAGCAAAUGGUGGACAGUCGAGUCCUAGGGCCAGAACCUUCUCCACCAGCAGCAGCUCGGACGUGGUGUCCGCCGGUGCAGGAGCGCCGUACGAGCUAUCCUCCGCCAGUCCGGAAACCGACAGCAGUUCCGCGGAGGAUGCGGCGGCAGCGGCCGCGGCCAGUGCGGCCUCGCUCGCCCUCGGACGGGUGUACGCGGCCACGUCGCUGCCGGCGCACAUCUGGUCCUUGAAUGGUAAAUCCCACGGGCAGAUUACAUUUCGAAUCCUUUUCCCCGACGACGACGCAAUCAAAGGGGAUGGCGCCAUCCCCUUUUAGCCAGUCCCAGACAAAGGAUCUGACACGUACCAAAAGUACCUACACUCUUUGUCUGUCCUACGAAAAGCACUUGAUACAGCAGAAGGAACCUUAAAAGUUACCCCCUUUUAUAUCCCCGUUCGUACCUGCUUCUAAUGGUAUUCUG